AUGGCUACAGGCAUGUACUACCAAUUUGAUGUUGGUGACAGUCAUCCUUCCAGCUGUUUCCCCGUCCGUCAAAGGAAAGAAGGUGCUGGUCAUUGGCUUUUAGUGCACAAAAAUGAAAUGGAAAGUAAAUACAGAAAUCUGCAGACUAAAAAAAAGAAGCACCAUCUUAGAACAAAAUCAAAUGAGUCAGGAAUCAAAAGCACAGCAGAGAGUGGCACAUCAGACACACCUACGCACAAUACCUUGAAUGCUCACUUCCUGAUGCGAUUGCAUUGUGUUGAUAAGCCAUCUGAGUUGUGCUCUAUUGAUAUCAGUGACCAGAGACUGACAGAGACUGCUGUCAAGUCAGAAGACUUAAAAGAGUUUGACACUGUAGUUUGCAUCAAUGCAUCAGUUAACUCUCUCUCACUAGGAUCUUUCAGCAAUUUCUGCUCUUUAAGAGAACUGGAUCUAUCUUUGAAUGGGCUCUGCAACAUGAUUUUCAAUGCAGAAGACUUCCCUCACUUGGAGGUUUUGGAUUUAUCCUACAACAGGCUAACUGCCAGUGACAUUGUUUCCAUUGGUCUGCUGGCACGUCUGAAAAUCCUUCAUCUCUCUGGGAAUAAGCUACAUGAUCUCCCACCCAACCUGGGUUGCUUAAACCAUGACCCCACACAUCCAACUAAAGAAGAAGGUGCAACUUUCAGGGCUCUUGAAGUCCUAAGGCUUGAUGAUAACAAGCUGUCUUCUGGGAUCUUCAGUAGUCUUGCACACCUUAGAAGGCUACGACAUUUAAAUCUGCAGAAGAACUACAUCUCUGCAGUACCAAAUUUGCAACCAAGGGGCUGUUUGAAUCUCCUGCAGACUUGUAAGGAACAGAAGGACAAAGCUCAUAACUCUGUCCACGUUUCAUCAAAUCCAGAGAAAUUGAAGAGAGUUGUGGAGGAAAGUCAAGAGGACUAUUCAGAAGGAUCCAGUCCACCUCUACCGAAGCUUGAGUACCUCAACUUAGCUCACAAUAAGAUUGCCGAGGAAGAAGCCCUGUUGGCUGUGGCUGUAUUUCCUGUGCUUAAAGAAAUUGUUAUUCAUUCCAACCCUCUGACCACAUGGCGAAGCGGAGGCUGUCCUUUACUGACUUACUUCCUUCAAGAGAGGCUGGCUAUAAAAAUCAAGCGUAAGGAGAAACCAGAAGUUGUAAAACCCACCAUCAUAUUGUCGACCUACCCCAGAAAGAAGAUCAAGAAAAACAAUGCUAAGCUAUCAAAGAGGCCACUAUUAAUGGAAGUGCCCAUUAGCUCUCGGUUCAGUGAGCAUCAACCUCUAGGGGAGAAACAAUAUAAAAACAAGUGGGAAAAUCUCAAGACACGCCUCUCUGCACAAACCCAAAUUGAGAAAAAUGAGGAGACAUACAGGAAAACAGCAAUAAACAAAACUACAGAGCCUCUCUUUGUUACUCAGACAACAGACUUUACUGAUUAUCAACUCAGUCUGCAAGCUGAUGACAGAGAAAUUACAAAGAGUAUGGAGAACAAUGAGGAUAAUGUCAUUUCUGAAAAACUGAAAGGCUACAAAAUGUUAUUGGAUACCAAACCAAAUCCUGAUGUGGCAGAGCCCACUGGAAUUCAGCCUACUGUGAGAAUACUGGCAUACACACUGAAGAAUCUUCUGAUUUAUAGAGAUUCAAAACCAAAACUUGACAGCUUCCAGAAACCAUACAGAGAGAAAGAGAAAAAGAUAAAAAACCUUCCACCACUGAAAUCAACACAGAGGCAAGCUGAAAAGGUUGAAGAAAUGCUUAAGGAAAUCAAAGGGAGUAAAACAUUAAAAAGAAUACCACUAGGCCAUGUUCUAGAUGGUAAGGGUGCUAACCAACAAGAAUAUGAAGAGGCUCUGUCACUGCUGGAGGACAUGAAGAAAAAGUACCAGUUGGUUCUUCUAAAAACGGCAGAACAAGCAGCCCGCAUUGAAUCUGAGAUCAACAUCCACCAGAAAUAA